AUGGGGUUUAAGAUAGGGAAUGCAUAUACUACGUCAGAAAUAAAAAAACAUAGGAAAGAAAGAAACAAAAGGCUUCUUUUAGAGGUAUAUGGACUGACAACAGACCAGAACUUAUCGAAGGACGGUGCCGGAAGGUAUAUAUGUGUGGUCUGCAAAACCAAGCAUCUAACAGAAAUGAGCUAUGUGAGGCAUAGGGAAGGAAAGAAACACAAGGAGAAGCUCUCGGGCAAGAGCGAAGCCAAGUCCAACAUUCCUUCACAUAGUGUGCGAUGCUUAGUUGAGGGGGAUAAAAAGGGAUACGGCAUUACUAUUGAUUACAAGCUCGCUAAAGAAAUGCCGCAGUUCCGCUUUGUAAGUAGUCUCGAGCAAGCCGUUGAGGAGUAUGACGAGUGCUCUAAAUAUCUUGUAUUUAUAUGCAGGCCGUACGAGAACAUCGGUUUCAAGUUUGAGAACAAGGAAAUAGAUAAGAGUUCUAUUUAUGAAGAUAUCGACGAUGAGACGGGUGCAUAUACAUUCCACUUUUAUUUUUUUGAGGGCUCAUGA